AUGGCAACGGCCGGGGCCGCCCGCGCGGGGCCUGCCGGGACCCGGAACCCUCCCUCGCCCAGCACCCGCGCGCCCGGGCCACGUGACACGGGAGCGCGCGGGCCUGUUGGUAGCUCCGCCCCACCCCACCCCGCGACGCGCGCGAGGGCCGCCGGUCCGGGGCUGCGCUCGCGAGAGUUGCCGGUCGCGGGGCGGGAUGGCGGCGGCGGCGGCGGCCGGGCAGCGCGAGGAGAACGGGACUCGGACGGGGAGGCGCCCGACUCGCCCUACGCCCGCGCCCGCCGCAAGCUGGAGACGCUGCUCAACCGGACCAUGCGGAUCCGCAUGACGGACGGACGGACCCUCGUCGGCUGCUUCCUCUGCACCGACCGCGACUGCAACGUCAUCCUGGGCUCCGCGCAGGAGUACCUCAAAGCCAGCGACUCCUUCGCGGCCAGCGAGCCGCGCGUGCUGGGCCUGGCCAUGGUGCCCGGGCACCACAUCGUCUCCAUCGAGGUGGAGCUGGAGAACCUGGGCAGCCCCCAGUACCUGUGAGAGGCGCCCGGCGGAGAGACCUGCCCCCCCGUCCCCCCCCCCGCGCCCGAGGCCCUGCCCGGGGGGGGGGCGCAGCCGGGCCCCGCUCUGCGCAUUAAACUCCUGGGGAACCAGA